UUUACAGUAGUGUAGCGGAACUGCACUGGCCAUGGGUGAUUGUCGGCGACCAUGCAGGUAAAGAUGGCAAAGGAUGAGGAUGAUUUAAAGGUGACAUGUCAGAUGAACUGGGACCUGCCCGGGGUGAUCUCUGAACGGGUCGGAGUAAAGGUUUGGGCAGCCAACAAUGUGGUGGAGAUGUUGUCUGCCGGCGACACCAUCCCCUUCAUCGCCAGGUAUAGGAAGGAACGCACAGGGGACAUGGAGGUGGACAAGAUACGCGAGGUGGAGAGAAACAUGGAGGAGCUGAGAGCUGUUGAAACCAAAGCUACCAUGGUUUUGAAAGCUGUGAAAAAAUUAGGAAAGCUGUCCGGAGAAUUGAAAUGUGCCCUGGAGAAUUCCAUCCUUUUGUCUGAAGUGGAAGCUUUGUAUGCUCCAUACAAACCUGGCCACAAGGGGACGCUUGCCGAAAGAGCCCGAGCUCUAGGACUGGAGCCACUGGCACUUCAGUACAUCAACCAUCCUUGGCGGGUUAAUGUGGACACCUACGUCAGGCUCGGCACUAAGGGCCUGUCCAGUCACGCUGAAGUGGAGGCAGGGGUGCAGCACAUUCUGGCUGACAUGAUGACCAAGGACAAGGAUGUGAUUGACCUUGUCAGACAGCUGGCCAAUGACAGAGGAGUGGCGCUAGAGUCAUCAGAAGCCAAGGGACUCAAGAAAAAGCUCAGCGAGAAGUCCCACGAUAAGGAACUAGACAAGGCUUAUAAAUAUGAAACAUAUUUCAAUUUCCGUAGACAAGUGUCACACAUUCAACCUCAUCAGGUUCUGGCAAUCAAUAGAGGAGAGGAACACAAAAUUUUAUCUGUAACCAUCACCUACCCCCAGAAUAUAAAACACAGGUUUUCCCAGUCCCUAAAGAGACGCUGGCUUAGAGAGGAACAUCGUAUGCCUGCAGCUGCCAUCGCUAUGGUCAAGAAAGCUAUAGAGGAUGCAUUUGACCGUCUGACACAACCACAAAUGACCAGACAGAUCAGGUCCGAGUUGUUGAAAGAAGCCAGGAAAUCCUCCAUUGAAGUGUUCGCUAAAAACCUGAAGCAGCUCCUCCUGAUGCAGCCAUGUAGAGGAAAAAGCAUCAUCGGGCUAGACCCGGGAUUUACCAACGGCUGCAAGACGGCCGUCAUCUCUGACACGGGAAAAGUACUUGACACAACAGUGUUAUAUCUGAGGGAUCACUCUAUGAAGCGAAAGAUAUUAGACCUGGUUUCUAAACACAGAUGCAACAUUAUUGCCAUAGGAGAUGGAUCUGGAUGUCGGGAGACAGAAAAGGUGAUUUCAGAUGUCAUCAAAGAAAACAAAGCAAACAUCCAUUAUUGUAUUGUGAGGGAGAGUGGAGCUUCCAUAUACAGUGUGACAGAUGUAGCCAAGCAGGAACUGCCAAAUUUAGAACCAUCUUUACGAAGUGCAGUUUCCAUUGCCAGACGUUUAUUGGACCCUCUUGCUGAGUUUGUGAAGGUUGAUCCUAAACACAUCGGAGUAGGACAAUACCAGCAUGACAUGCCAGAGAAACAGAUGCAAACUUCCCUGGACUCAGUUGUGGAGGAGUGUGUCAGCUUUGUGGGAGUGGACGUCAACACGGCUAGUGAACAUCUCCUCCGGAGGACAGCUGGACUGACAGCCACCCGUGCCAAGAACAUUGUCGAGUGGAGAGAAAAGAAUGGUGCGUUCAUCAACAGGGACCAGAUCAGACAUGUAAAAGGUGUAGGGCCCAAGUCUUAUGAACAGUGUGCUGGCUUUAUUAGAGUUCAUAAUACCAGUCCAGCCAGUCUGACUACUGAAGUAAAAGAAGAAGAACCUGAGGCGUCCACAUCUGCGUCGGGAGGUCGGAAAAGGAAAGCAACUACAAAGGUCACCAAAGCCAAGAAAGCCAAGAUGUCUGACCAACCUAACCCGCUGGAUAUGACCUCCAUCCACCCAGAAAGUUACCCACAAGCUCAACAACUUCUGGAGAGAAUUGGAGUGAAUCCGUCACAAGUAGGACACACCAAUUUCAUACGACAAGUUCAGGAUUUCACGAGGAAGACAAGUGUAACCAAGUUGGCAGAGGAGUUUUCUGUAGGGGAACCAACCAUGAAUCUCAUUGUUGGAGCCUUACAACAGCCACUUAACUACGAUUUCCGUGAAGGAUUCGAAAAACCUUUAUUUCGGUCAGGAACACGAGGAUUUGAUGAACUCAAGGUUGGGGAAACACUCACAGGAAAAGUGGAGAAUGUAACUCACUUUGGGGCAUUUGUUGAUGUGGGGGUGGGGGAGACAGGGCUCCUCCAUAACAGUGGUAUGAAGGGACAGAGCAUACAGCUAGGCAACCGCCUGGAGGUGAAAGUCCUCUCACUGGACAAGGGGCGAAAACGAUUCGGACUAGAAUUUGUCAAGUUUGGUUAGCCUAGUUUUGUAAUCUGUGCUAGAUGUUUUGAAUUGGGACCAAGGACUAAUGGGUAAGGCAAUAGUGGUUUACAUGUACAAUCAGGUUGUUAAUUGUUUAAAUGGGAGUACAUGUAUAUUGUAAUAAUGAUGGAAAAGUUUGUAGAAGAGUGAGAGAGAUUCAAGAUGUGAAAUUAUGUCAUAAGAUGUAUAUUUCACAAUAUUUGCCAAUCUAAAUCUUGCAAAAUAUGUCUGUGAACUUUUGCAUAAUUUGAAUACAAUUUCAGAUACCUGGAAAAUAUGUUUUCUGCUGAAAAACAAGUACAUGUGUCAUGUCAUGUCAUGUAUUGUUUUCUUGUUUCAUCUAUUGGCUUGUUUCUUUAGAAGAAUUCCAAUUUUUUUCGCAGGUAUUUAAGUGUAAAGAUUUGUGAUUAAUUCAGUCAAGAUUAUUUUGAUAAAUGUGUAUUAUUCGAUUUGACUUACUUAAGCUAAAUCUAUUACAUUGUAUAUUAAUUCAUGAUUAAUAUUACGUUGGCCAUUUAAUAUGACUACAUGUAUACUUCAGUCUUUUUACUGAAUGACACUGGUAGUCCUCAGAAUGAGAUUCAUCAGUUUGGUAUGAAUAAUAGAUGCAAAGUUAGUGUUUAACACACUCAAUAAUUUAAAACUUAUUUUGCGAGCUUUCUAAAGUGUCUGUUUCUUUGUCAUACAUAGAGUGUAAAUUAUCUGUGUCUCGACUCAAUUGCUGAAAACAACUCGCUAAUUAGCCACAGUGUGCCAAGUCAGCUGUCAGAAAUUGUCAAUAUUUUCUGACAGCUGACUUUACUGACUGGGCACAUUGUAUAGGGUUAAAAAGAGAUAUAUUGUAUUUGGUUUAAAGAUAGGCUAUGUGUACUAAUAUUCUUGUAAUAAUAUUCUGAUAAUAGUUAAUUAUAACCUAUAUUCAGAGACCAACUUCAACUUUAUGACCAGAGAUUGUGCGAGGAUGCUAAGCUCCAAAUUAAAGGAUACCUAUGGGAUGUCCAUUGAUUGGUCUACUGUAGCAGGUGGUUUCUAAAUAUAGAUUCAAUUAACAUGACAAUCAUUGUAACGGGGAGAAGUAAAAAGUGGUCUUUCACUUGAGAUACUUGUAGUGAUUGAUGCUUUAAUAAUUACAUGAAUGCAGGUGAAUUUUGAAUUUUGCUGUUUUUAGAAUGUUUUAACUAUGAUGUGUGUUUAUGGAAUCAAUAUUAUCCAUAAUUGAAAUGAAUAAAAUUAUCGUUA